AUGUGGCACACAAAGAAGCCCGCGUUGGGGGGCCGGUUCGCCGCCCCUUCGGCCGCCCCACCACCACUGCAAUGCAAUAUAUUUCGUCUAUACCCCUCGAAAGAUGCCCGCCUCCGCCAGCGGCCGCAGACGAUCGCUCGAAAAACCAGCCAAAAACCAGCCAGGACCCGCCAGGACCGGAGGGCGGCGCGUCGACGGACGUCGGUGGCGACAAGACGACUGACUGGAGGCGGCUACGGGGCAUCAUACGGGACCGCCGGUCCCGCCGCGCACAAGCAUUACCGACACCUGCUGUACGAUUUUCUUCUCGUCGGCCGGCCGCAGGACGCGCUCCUGCUCGGCGUUCGAGCCGGCGCUCCUUCGCCCACCGCCGCGCUCCUGCUGCGCUCCUGCUACGCGCUCGACGCGGAUUCGAUUGCGAGCCGCUCGGAUUUCGAGACCGGUUCGUUAAUUUAUUCAUUCGGACGCGUUAAAUCGGGCCUGAUCGAUGCUAAUGAAUCUGAAGCGGGCUUUAAAUAG